CAGCAUAGCGUCUGGGCAUUAGAAUCGGGCUUUCACUUCAGCCUUUCACUGUCUGUAUAUCAUCGGGGCCUUCGGAAGGAAUCGUCAAUCCAACAUUCCUAGUCCACAGUCGGGUAUGCAGAAUUUACAGUCGCUCUUCAAUCGGACAUACAUCCAGACGGUGCGUGCGUUUCCUUGUUCCGUUGUUGAAAACGAUCACACAACUACAGAGAACAGAGGUUUGGUGGACUGGUUCUAUAACAAUGGAGUGAUAGAGAGGCUCAAAUAAGCAACGGUUCAAAGAGGUUCCACCAUCAAAAGGAUCAAGGGAUGAGUUGCAGAUGCAAAUGUUCAACAACCCUUUCUUACCAUUGUAACUUAAGUACAAAGUUCGAUUCGACAGAUAAGUUGCCAUCAGUGUUGCCGUUGUUGAAGCCCUCAAGCGAGUUACUAGAGCACAAUAUGUAUGUAUGUGUAUGUACAUGUGCUCUCAUUCUAAUUCAAGGCGAUACACUGUAUUAUUGAUGCUUAUCGUUAUUCCAAUAUUAUCAAACACUUCACCGAAAGUGCUAGAUCAGUUGAAAUCCCUCAGAAUAAUACGUAGUUUCUUCAACGAUUGCUUCCUAAUGGUCAAUGUUGUUUUCUCUGUUCCCUGCCUCCCUAGCAUUAUUUUAGUUUUGUUAACUGUCUCAUUACAUUUAUGCAGUUAGUAUUGAUGCUUUUUCUUUAUUUGAACGAAGCAUCAAAUUACUUAGUGUUUAGUUUUACAUCUCACAACGGUAAUAAGCUAUUAAAUCCUUUUCAUGUGUGUCUUUGAGCUAACCAUAGAUCCAAGAAUAAUAUUUUAAGUGUGUCCUUUUUCCUUGUACAUUUUUUUGUUUUUGUUCCCCUUUCUUGUAUUAGAAUAACUUUCUUUAUAUCGCAUUAUUACAAGAUACUUCACAAGUCAUUUAAUCAUCCUUGAUGACACACAUGCCGGGGAAAAUCCCAAAUACUAAUCUGCCAAAUAUUCCCACAUGUUUGGUAGAAGAAAGGGAUUCAUUCCUUUGGCUUUUUCUUCUGAAUUUUAUAUGUUUUCCAGCAACUCCAUUCCACUUUAUCUCUUUAAUUUUUCUAACUUUCUGACUGUGCCCUUUAAUCUUAAUGAUUCUAACAUUCCCAUAAUAUGUGAAUUAAUUUCUCCGAGGCUCCAUAAAGUGUUUUCUGAACUACCCUUUUGCCAUCACACACACUGAAUCGGCCAAACAAUGCACCCAUGGUCUACAAGAAAUCAAUGCAGACCUAUACAGGAAUGUAUGUAUCUGAUCUGUAAGUACACUCUUCACUUCACUUUGAUGAUCCUAUGCAGCAUGAAUAUUAAAUUAAAUAUAUUGUUUUUGAGAUUUUGAUGCAUAUAUAGGUGAUGCUAUAACUCAGCCUAAUCAGUGAACAAUGGCUCCCUCCAAGGGGGACCACUCUUGCUGGUUUUUGUUUCUUUUUGUAAUCAAUUGGGGAAUUGGACAGUGAAGUUGCAGCUGGUGGCUCCAGGCAACAAGAUAACCUGUCAUUGUUGGCAUUAUGUGCGUUGGAUUAAAAUAAUAGUGCCUGGUUUUGGGGCAAUCUUGCCUGCCUGUCAUUCCCUUGUGUUUUGUGGAUGCUGUGUAAGUGCAACCCACAUCACACCCUCAAUUCCAGCCUCAUCCCAUCUCUGGUUUCAUGUGCCCUCUCAAGAACAUGAACAUGAUAUGAUAUAUGAGAUCCCUUAAUAUCUCCCUUGCAUGAUAUGUUUUAGUUAGGGCUCCAUGAUUUAGAUGCAUUUGUUUUCUUUAUUGUUUCAUUAUGCUAUUAACCUAUUUCUUGAGGGGUCCCGGGAUCCCAACUCCAGGGUGGAUCUACACGUCUCGUCUACUUGUGUUGAUGGUGUGGAUUCAUCUUGGAGGUUGAGAUCCUUAGCCUCCCCAAGAAUCUUGGAUCUUGAGAUUUUAGAUCAACUCUAAACUCCAAUUUUAACUGCUCCUCCCCCUCCCCCCCCCCCCCCCCCCCCCUCUCUCUCUCUUUUCUCUCUCUCUAAAAGCUACCGCCCCAGCUUAGAAAGAGCAAACUAUACGUUAUGGUUUCAAGAAAAGCAAAUGGGGGGAUUAGGAGAAAGUGGCAUAAAGGGAUGUGAAUCAUGAUGUCCAAGUCUCACCUUCUCCAAACCUUUGCUUGAAUCAAACUCCACUCAACCUUAAAUCCUCCCCAUCCUCAAAUUCUUCCCACAAAUUGCACCUUAAUCCCCACCAACCCAUCAUUACUAAUCACACUAAAAAAACAACCAAAACUAAAACAAAAAACCUCUCCCCACCAAACUCCCUUCUCCCCCUCCCUAAAAACACCCAAUCUUCAAGAACACACAAACCCCCAUCCUCAUCCCAAUUCCCACCCUCACUCUCCAUUUUUAAAGGGCUCCCAGAAAAAACAAUGACCGAAAUCCUCCACUCUCCACACCAUUUGCCUUCCCCUUCAAGUUCUGCCAACUCACCCAAUGAUGGGCUAUCCCAACAGACCUUCUUCAGCCAUGGCCCCCUUAUUAGGAGAAGCCCUGUAGCUCUUUACAGGAGAGGUUUCAGAAACGCUUCACAACUUGGAGGGGUUCAAAUUAAUGUUUUUGAUGUUUUCUCCACUGUCUUGAGGAAAUCUUUGGUGGGGUGCACAAGUGUGGGUGGGGUUGAGGAGCAAGUGCCGCAGCAGCAGCAGCAGCAGCUCAUGGAAAUUGGAUCUCCCACAAAUGUGAGGCAUGUGGCUCAUGUCACUUAUGAUAGAUUCAAUGGCUUUCUUGGCCUCCCUGUUGAGUUUGAACCUGAAGUCCCCAGAAGGCCUCCCAGUGCAAGCACAAGAGUCUUUGGAGUUUCAACAGAGUCCAUGCACCUUUCGUUCGACUCCAGAGGUAACUGCGUGCCUACGAUACUGUUGAUGAUGCAACGUCGAUUGUAUUCACAAGGCGGCUUGCAGGCUGAAGGCAUCUUCAGAAUCAAUCCGGAGAACGGACAGGAAACAUUUGUCAGGGAACAGCUGAACAAUGGAUUGAUUCCAGAUAAUAUCGAUGUCCAUUGCUUAGCAGGUCUAAUAAAGGCUUGGUUUAGAGAACUCCCAAGAGGGAUAUUGGAUUCGCUGUCGCCGGAGCAAGUAAUGCAGGCGCAAUCAGAGGACGAGUGCACUCAUCUCGUCCGUCAGCUUCCCCCGACAGAAGCAGCACUGCUGGAUUGGGCAAUCAAUCUGAUGGCUGAUGUUGCCCAGCUGGAAAACAUGAACAAGAUGAACGCGCGCAACGUCGCCAUGGUCUUCGCCCCCAACAUGAGCCAAAUGUCGGAUCCUCUAACGGCGCUGAUGUACGCUGUCCAAGUGAUGAACUUUCUCAAGACCCUCAUCGUCAAAACACUAAAAGAACGAGAAGAUUCUGUUUUGGAAGCUCCUCCAACGACGCAGUCUGAGGAGCCAUUGGAUGACGACGGACAUUGCAGUGUUUUGAAGCCAACGAAAGCAGAAGCUGACGAAGCAAGUGAUGACAAUGACAAUGACAAUGACGACGACGACAAUGAUGAUGCAGUCAGUGUAGCCGAACAACCUCGGACAGCUGACCCUCCUUUGUCCAAGCCUGAAAUAGACGACGAGACUCAUACUUGUUCAGCUGACACGACAAAUCGGAAUGCUUCUCACAAGUCAAGUGGAAGAAGUCUGCUGAGAAUCCACAGGGCGAAAACCGGGCAGUCGAGUGAUGCAAAUGGCGUCAAGAAAGGGUCGAGAAAGCAUAAUCUUCGAUCCAACGAGGAAGUUAGCGCGAUCCGGCACGAGAAUUCACGCGCGGGACGAACGGAAGCCUGGAGAUGAAGGUUCUUGUGGAUGCAUAACUGUUUCAUGGAAUGAUGAUCAACUGUGUAUUGUAAAGUUCUAAAUUUGAAUCUGUGGAUGAUUAUGCAGCUUAUAUAUAUAUACAUACAUAUCUAUAUUAUUGAGUUCUUGAAUUGAUGAUUGAUGAACAUUGUUACUUGUUAAGGUGUGUGCACAUUGGAUUUGUGUCUUUA